GAAAUAGAAGAUACGUAUAAGGCAUUAGAAGCAGUUCAUCGGAUCUUACCUGAGCUGAACGUAAAGAAUUCUCUAGGUCCCGAUGAAAUCCACCCGGCAAUUGUCAACCGGAUCGCGGAUAUAGUAGCGGGACCGCCAAGCGAGUUAUACGAAGCCAGCCUAGAUCAAGGCAAGCUACCGAGAGACUGGAAAACAGCUGCAAUUAUUGCCAUUCACAAGGUAAGCGCACAAUCCCAGCUUAAGAUUAAAGCCGGUGAGGCUUACGAGUAUAUUGCGGAAGUGCCCUGA